UGCUCACUCGAGUGAAAGUCCGAAGUUCUUGAAAGUCCGUUAAGUUUGAGAAAUGGACCUGAGACACCUGGUUGUGGACGCGCUGUCCCAGAAUAAGAAAGCCGCCAUGCUGCUCGGCGGAGCCGGCGUCGCUGUUCUCGGUCUCGGUCUCGGUUAUAAAUAUCUCCGAAAGACAGAAAAAGUGUUUCGUGUGGGCGUCGUGUCGCAGCUCCUCAUUCACCCCCUGAAGUCUGGGAAAGCGGUCUCUCUGGCUCUGGCGGAGUGUCAGAAAACUGGGCUGAAGUUUGGAGAGCUGCAGGAUCGGCACUGGCUGGUGGUGUCGGAGGACGGUCACAUGGUCACGGGGAGACAGGAGCCCCGCCUUGUGCUCGUGUCUCUGACCUGCGAGGGCGCUCAUGUCUGUCUCAACGGGCCCAACAUGGAGGAGCUGCGAUUCCCCGUCAAGACGCCCGACAACGCCGUCAUCAACUGCAGAGUCUUCAGCGCUGACAUUCAGGGACGGGACUGCGGCGAUGAAGCGUCUCGCUGGCUCACUCGUUAUCUGGGCGAAGAGAAAACCUUUCGCUUGGUGCACUUUGAAGAGCAGAUGAGGGGCAGGAGGCCGAUGGAGAGCAAGCCGCAGUUCCCGCAGUUUGAGGUGGCGUUCUCCGAUGAGGCCCCGGUGAUGCUGCUGUCCGAGUCGUCUGUGAACGACCUCAGCAGCAAGUUGGAGAAGGACGUGACGGUGGAGCGCUUCCGCCCGAGCAUCGUCGUCAGCGACUGUGAGGCGUACAGCGAGGACUCAUGGGAGGAGAUCCAGAUUGGCAGCGUGCGACUGCAGCGUGUGAUGUCGUGUGGACGGUGUCUUUUCACUACAGUCGACCCUGAGACGGGAGUCAUCAACAGGAAGGAGCCGCUGGAGACCCUGAAGAGCUACCGUCUGUGCGACCCGUCCGAGACACACAUCUACAAAAAGUCUCCGUUGUUCGGACAGCUGCACGCCGUGAAGAAGACGGGCAUCCUGCAGGUCGGCGACGUCGUGUACAAGAUCAGCCGCUGAACGAAGACGAGCGACAAACGUUCAGUCACUUUGGAGAGGGAACUAAACCUUCAUGUUAUCAGAACGAUCAAUAAUCAAUGACUACAGCACAGGAAAUGUAAAAACUAAAAUAUGUGUGAAACGAAAAAUGUUUUUGAAUGUUGUAAUAAUCAAAAUGCCUGAAUCAAGCAGGCUGAUGUGAAGCUCUAUUUGUGCCUGAAUCAAACAUUUUGAAAGUACACGCUGUCUUAAAAGGGGUUUAUAGACAUGAUCAGAGUGGAUUUAGAACAAGAAACUGAGGAGCUCUGAGACUUAUUUAAACUGAAGAAGAGGGGGAGGAGGAUAUGUCACCUUUAAAGUUCAAUCUGUGGAGGUUUGUUUUUCUGUUUAAUCUUUAACAUUUCCAGUGCUAUAAGUGUGAAGUUAAAGGAAGUGAAACCAUUAGAGGUUCCUUUAAGACUAAGAAGUGUCAGUUAAAUGAAAUGGCCAGUAGGGGGAAACCUUUACUGAAGCAGUGCUGCAGUCUGCAGAGGGGGAGAGGGGGGGGUAUUCUGGAUAUCUUAGACAAACCUCUUUACUACUAAGACUUCAGAUGAGCAUUUCAACUUUUAAAAUUGUUUAAUAAAUCAAUAUUAAAGUCUUAAAAGUUACUUAACUUUAUUACAAGAAGGUCAGCACGAGCGUCACAAACUUUUAUAUUAAAUUGAAAAUUAAAAUGUGUUUUUUUUUUGUGAUCAACUUUUUAUUGAAGUUUAACAUAAGAUGCUUAAACACAUGAGCUUCAAUGACAGAAACCCAAGACAGCAUCAUCAAACAUACAAACUAUUUACAGAUCGCCGUUGCCUUGAUGAGGAAAAAUAUACUUAAAAUUUGAAAUAAAGAAAAAAUUACUGAAUGAAAUGAUGAUAUGCAUGUGCACACAUAGAUAUGAAAAUGUGUUUUUAUGCACAAAUAAAACCAGAAAUGAUAAAA